UUUUCCCUUUCCACUUUUUCAAAAUACAAUUCGAUUCAGAAUAGAGUCUUAUCUCAAUUAAAGCAAAUACCGCAUAUCUCUCUGCCUGCCCUGUAAUCCAAAUUUGAUCAAUGGAGAACUUCAGAAAAACACCAUUAUCGAAACCAUGGAAGAAAGGGCCGGCAAGAGGCAAGGGAGGUCCACAAAACGCGACAUGUACAUAUCGAGGAGUAAGGCAAAGGACAUGGGGAAAAUGGGUAGCUGAGAUUCGAGAACCCAAGAAAAGAACUCGACUUUGGUUAGGUUCUUUUGCUACGGCUGAAGAAGCUGCCAUCGCUUAUGAUGAAGCCGCUAGACGGCUUUAUGGUCCUGAUGCGUACCUCAAUCUUCCUCAUCUUCGAUGCAAUUUCAACCCUCUUAACAAAUCACAACGAUUUCGAUGGUUUCCAUCCAAGAAUUUCAUAUCCAUGUUCCCUUCAUCCACUUCCUCUAACUCAUCAUCCUUGCUUAACAUAAAUGUUCAACCAAGUGUUCAUGUUAUUCAUCAAAGACUCCAAGAAUUCAGGAACUAUAAAACCAAUAAAUGUGAGCCUAAGAUGAUCAUGAACAAGGAUAAGAGGGUGAUUCAAGAAAUUGAUGAUGAUAAGCCUCAGAUUGAUUUACAUGAGUUCUUGGAGCAAAUGGGAGUGUUGAAAGAUGAUGAAGAAACAGAGUAUAAUAAGAUUGAUGAAAAGGGUAUUAAGGGUAAUGAUGAUGAUAAUAUGAAGGAGAUGAAUUGUGAAUGGGAUGAAUUGAUUGAAAUACUAAGAGAAGAUCAUCAAGAAGUUGUUGAAUCAACAAGCUUUGGACAUUUUAAUGUGGAAGAAGAACUUAUUACUUUCCCACCUACUAUUUGGGACUUUUAAAGAGCCUUAGUUUUUAUUUAUGCAAAUCUAGUUUUAGAGCUUACUCAAUAUUGGUGUUUAGAUCCUAACUUAAUGUAGUCUUAGGGGACUGUUAUUGGUAUUAAGUGGUAAAAUUUGAGAACGGUAAUGGGUUCUAGUUCUAGUUUUCAUUAAAAUGUAUUAUAUCAUUCCCAUGGUAGUGGAGCAUUCACCGUCAAAUAUGUGUUUUUCUUUAUAAUUUUUCAUUACUACUUAAUAACACUUUUUUAAGUGGUAGUGGAUAAAAAUGAAUUUUGUGAAGAAAAGGAGUGAUUAGAGUGUAAUAAUAAAUCAUGUCAAAUUAUUUUU